UACAAAGCUAUAGUCCGGAAUUAUUUAAGGAGCAUAUUACAUUUACUGAGCAGGCAUGCAUAUUCAGAAUACUCUAAAUAUUAUUAUUAUGAUUGUUAUUAUUGUUAUUAUGACAUACUCAGUGCUGUUCCUCGUGUUGGUGAUAUGCAUCCCCUCUUAUGUUUGAUUUUUACACAGCAUGAAGCUUGAAGUGUUGAUAGAACGUUUUGCAGCGUUUAUUGGAUAUUGUAGAUUUGUGCUGACAGUUUAUUUUUAAAUUAUUAUUAUAAAAGAUUUACAUUGAGGGGCAGCAUUGGGAAAUUCACUUCCACCUUAAAGACACAACAUGUUGUAUUUUUUGCACAGUUUGUGUCCUUAACGUAUGUCUUGUAUUUCUCAAUGCUGUCCUUCGGUGCUUGACCGCGAACACAACAUCCCCAGCGCUUUGUUUUGCAGGCGCUUGUGUUGCCAGAUGAUGUGUGUUGCAUGUCUGCAAUCGUUUCUUGCUGGUGAGCAUUUCGGAAUGCAUCGAGCCAUAGUGUGUGUAACAAUUUGGAGGAUCAUUGGCAUCCAUGCUGAAAACCGUGUUUGUUGAUGAGCUGAGAGAUAUCUAAAGGUUAUCGGAAUAAUCAGAUUCACGUCGGCGUUGGUUGUCAGUUUUUGUGCGGCUUUGAAGAGACGAAAUGAAAGGGAUUUGUUUGCGUACAUGGGAUCGUGCGGGAUGUUUUGUGUAUUUUUUUAACCGCUGUUGCCUGGCGUGGUCCAAGGCAAGCUCGUCUCUGCAAGUCAUUGUCCGUGAACGCUUUGGUGGUGAUCGUGUCAAAAUGUUUAUUUUGACACUCAAUUGUUUUUUUUUCAAGUCGAGCGAUCAUUUUGCAAGUCCACACAACCAACAUGUUAAUAAAUACAAAAUCUGUGUUCAAACGAGAAUAUUUUCGAAGAUAACUUUGUAGUUUCUCCUCUUUUUUUUUGUCCACAUGAAGCCUCGCCCACAUAACUUUGACGCCGUGCGGUAAACAAGAAUCUUGAUUGGUUUUGCUUUUAUAUAAUGAGAUUAAACAAGGAAAACAGCUACGUAAGGCAGUCCGGAGAGGUUCUGCUGGUGCCAGUGCCAUGCUUUCCAUUGGUUCCUGUUUACAUGAUGCCCGCAGGACUCGCUCUGAUUGGUGGCCGCGCUCACGUGACCACACAACUUUGUACAUUUGACAGCGAGUAGGAGGGUUUUGUGGAGAUCAGAAAAACGACAGCGCGAUAAAAAUUAGUAUUGUUGCACUUCACAAAUUAAUGACCAUGAGUUCCUACUUGAUAAACUCCAACUAUAUCGAGCCGUCCUUUCCUCCAUGCGACGAAUACCAGCAGGGCGGAUACAUCCCCAACCCGGGGGACUACUACGAGCGGCCAAAAGACACGGGCUUCCCCCAUCACGAAGAGCCAUCCUACCCCAGAUCCAACUACACGGAACCGGGCUACGAUUACACCAACGUCCCCGCCAGCGGACUGGACGAUUUCAGCGACGGCCACCACUCCGCGGCGCAGCCGCCAACGCUUCCUCAGAACCUCGCUUCGGCCCCGGACGGCGGAGCGGGGGCCAUUAAGGACUGCAGCCUCGCCGGUGAGGUCUACCCCGGCGCGGUGAAGGGCAAAGAGCCGGUGGUUUAUCCCUGGAUGAAAAAAGUCCACGUUAGCACCGUCAAUGCCAGUUACGCCGGAGGAGUGCCCAAGAGGUCCCGCACUGCCUAUACCCGCCAGCAGGCUCUGGAGCUGGAGAAGGAAUUCCAUUUCAACCGCUACCUGACUCGGCGCAGGCGGGGGGGGGUCGCGCCCCCCAUCUGCCUGUCCGCGUCCCCCUUCCUCCUCCCUUCGACCUCCACCUCAGUCAAUGCCAGUUACGCCGGAGGAGUGCCCAAGAGGUCCCGCACUGCCUAUACCCGCCAGCAGGCUCUGGAGCUGGAGAAGGAAUUCCAUUUCAACCGCUACCUGACUCGGCGCAGGCGGGUGGAGAUCGCGCACACCAUGUGCCUGUCCGAGCGCCAGGUGAAGAUCUGGUUUCAGAACCGCCGCAUGAAGUGGAAGAAGGAGCACAAGCUCCCCAAUACUAAGAUCCGAUCCAAUUCGGCCUCGUCGUCGUCGUCUUCCGGGGCCCAACAACAGAUGAAAACAGGCCAGCAACUCGUCCCCACGCCGUGCACCGUGGGUCUAUAGUGCACAGCCCCCACGCCCGUGCUCAAUAAAAAACCCCGAACCAGACUGAGAUGGCAAAGAACACAAGUGGAAAAAUCGAAGGACCGAGUGAAUAUUUUGGUGUUAUUUGCCCCUUUUGUCCCCCUCUUCCACUCUGCGGUCGUCUUUCGCGUCUUCACAUGAGCUUGAAAUGCAUUUUCAAACCCCACAACGGCGACUGAAGGGUUCAUGUGUUUUCUUUUUGUAUUUUUAUUUUUUACGAAUGAAGGAUAACGCACAGUCACAUGGAUUUAAAAAAAAUAGUAUUGUAUUUCAGUUAGAAAUGGCCAAACGGUGAGGUAAAAGCUUGAAUCCUUUCCUUUUUGGAUGGUUUAUUUUUAUUUGUCGUUUUUUUUUCCACGCGGAGGAUUCUAAUAUACUUGAAUGUUAUGAUUUAAAAACCAUUUUUUACGAGUUUCCAUUGUAGUCACGGUGUGUGUGUGUGUGUGUGUUCGAGUGCUGAAUGUAUAGUCGAGGUGACAUGCCCAUGUUGUAAUGUACAUAUAUAGACGAAUUAUGAAUGAAGGCACAACGAGGAAUGCAUUUCUGCAGGUAGAGACUUUUUUUUCCCGGUUGUUAGUUUCACGUAGUGAGCUUUUCAAUCCUUCAAUCGAAUUUGGAUUCGUGCUCGUGUAUCUCAUGUUGUGUAAACUGUGAAUAUACAUGCGUGUUUGUGCCGUCUCACUAGUGACCCCUGUGCUGUGUAGGCUUAGAGUGUAGACUGAAUAUUAUGUCCUUGUGAAAUAAAUGUCCACUUGUAAGAUC